CGUAAGGAUGAUUCUGCAAAGGAGGCUGCCAGCUUCACCUCUCAAGUCAUCAUCAUGAACCACCCAGGGCAGAUUGGAAACGGAUAUGCCCCAGUCCUUGACUGCCAUACCUCCCACAUUGCUGUGAAAUUUUCUGAAUUGCUGACCAUGAUCGACAGGCGAUCUGGAAAGGAACUCGAGAAGGAGCGCAAGUUCUUGAAGAAUGGUGAUGCAUGGAUGAUAAAGAUGGUUCCCACCAAGCCUAUGGUUGUGGAGACUUUCUCUGAGUACCCACCCCUUGGAUGAUAUGCUGUCAGGGACAUGCGUUAGACGGCUGUUGGUGUCAUCAAGAGCGUUGAGAAGAAGGAUUCAACUGGUGCUAAGGUCACCAAACCUGCUGCCAAGAAGAAAUGA